AUGGAUAGCGUAAGAGCCGGUGCACAACUUGCUUACUCCGAGUGUCAACAUCAAUUCCAACAGAGAAGAUGGAAUUGCUCAAUAAUCAAUCCAAAUACAAAAGAAGUUUUCGGUGAUAUGAUUUUAAAUCGUGGUACUCGAGAAGCUGCCUUCGUUCAUGCUAUUUCUUCCGCCGGGAUUGCUUAUCGAAUCACACGAGACUGUUCUAAGGGACUUAUCGAUAAGUGUGGUUGCGAUUUGAGUGCUUUAAAAAAAACGGAUCAAUUCAACUGGAAUGGUUGUUCGGAUAACGUGCGGUACGGUGUUGCUGUAUCGAGAGCUUUUGCUGAUGCAGCUGAAAGGUGCAAAAAUCAAACUCUUGAACGGAAAAUCAUGAAUUUGCAUAAUAACAAUGCUGGCAGACAGGUACUGGAGUUAAACACUCGAAAGCAAUGCAAAUGUCACGGUCUGAGCGGUUCCUGUGAAAUGAAAACAUGCUGGAAAUCAAUGCCAACAUUUAGGGAAAUUGGAAAGAUAAUCAAAGAUAAAUUUGACGGUGCUACAGAAGUAGCAAUCGUUGAAGAGGACAAUAAACCGAUAAUGGUCCGUAAAAAUGUCAAUUUUAGACGACAUACCAAAGCUGAUCUCGUUUAUCUGGAGUCGUCUCCGGAUUAUUGCGAACCGGAUCCGGAAUAUGGUAUUUUGGGAACACAUGGGCGCCUUUGUAAUGUUUCCUCACAUGGUAUUGAUGGCUGUGACUUGAUGUGUUGCUAUCGUGGUUUCGAUACACGAGUGCGUAAAGUAAUGGAUCGCAAUAAAGCUGGCGGCUUAAAAGAUGAUCAGAUUAUCGAAAACCAUCGAUACUGUGAUGAAUUCACUUUUCGCUUAAUUGCUGGAAUUGUUGCAUUUACCGGUUUCACUUAUGAGCAAUUAUGGGAAAAUUUCGGUGAUUUCUAUGUUGACUAUCUUUGUGAUAACGGAUGGGAUAAGAUGUUACGAUCAAUGAGUCCUGAUUUUAUGAAUUUUUUCAAUCAAUUGGAUUCAUUGCAUCAUUUUAUAAGUUUUGCCAUUUACAAAAGCACCACAAAAGGACCGCUAUUUCGAUGUGAAAAAUUCGAAAGGAAUUCUGUUUUGCUUCAUUAUUACACCAAUCAAUGUGGAAUACAUCCAAUUAUUAAAGGUGCAGCACGAAAAGUUGCGAAAAAAUUUUUUGAUAUGGAAGUAAAAAUUACGCUUACCGAUCUAAUCAAAUGUGAUGUACAAUAUGCGGGCAACACAUAUCAACAAGAGCAUACUAUUUAUAAAAUUCAAGAUUUAACUCAACGUGGCUUGUUAUGGCAUGAAUCACUACAAGUAAUAAAUGAAACUAAUAAUAUAUUGCAAGUUAACAAAGCGGAUUUCAUUUCCUUACAACCGUAUCAUUUCAUUGCUGAUCGAGAUUGUAAUUUAAUACAGUGCGGGAAAGGCUUUUACGAGCAUAUUCCAAUGGAAUUAUUAGCACCUGGCACACGGCUGGAACGAAUAUUUGAUAUCAUUUGGCCACAAAUAUCUUUCAAUUUUGAUAUGAUACAUAAUCUUAUCAAUGCAUUAUUCAUUCUUCAAUUGCGAACAGUAUUGUGCAAUGUGAAGCUUAACAACGUUCGAAGAACAAAAAAUCAGGAGAAAAAAAAGUUGAGGUUAAAAGGGCAAAUGAUAAUUUUGGAAGAGAAAAAUCGAUUGCUAUAUAUCGGUUCACCAGAUUUAAAUGGUAUUUCGGAACUAUUUGAAUAUGGAAUACGAUUGGAAGCAAUGCCAUUACAUGAUCUCACUUCAUAUGUUAUUCUUCUUAAUCAACAACGACUUUCUGAUAUCGAAAAGAACAUGCAAUUGCAAGCAAUUAAUGCUAAAAUGGAAGAACAAAUAGAAAAUAUGAAAUGUGAACGAAUUAAAACGGAAUCAUUGCUACAUCAAUUGUUGCCAACAUUUGUUAUUACGCAACUUUUGGAUGGCAAAACGGUGAAUGCUUGUGAAUAUCAGGAAGUAACAGUAAUGUUUGGUGAUGUACUAAAUUUUCACAAUGUCGUUUUGGGUUGUAAGCCACAUGAAAUUAUAGAACUAUUGAAUGAAUUAUUUACAAAACUUGAUCGUUUGAUUGACAAACAUUCUGUAUAUAAAGUGGAAACAGUUGAUGACACAUAUGUAGCAGUGACAGGAAUACCGGAACAAACUGAUAAUCAUUGUGAAAUAUUAUGCCAUGUAGCACUUGGCAUAAUUUUUGAAACACGUUCUAUCAUUGAUCCUAUUACUGAAAAACCGCUUCAAAUACGCCUUGGUAUUAAUUCUGGACCAGUUGUAGCCGGAAUAAUCGGUAAAAAAAUGCCAAGAUACUGUCUUUUUGGUGAUACAAUGAAUACGGCAUCACGUAUGGGUAGUCAUGGGGCACCCGGAAGAAUCCAUUGUAGCAAAGCCGCUUUUGAAUGUGCUCAAAAAACGGGUAAAUUUAUUUUUGAAAGUCGUGGUAUGAUAAAAAUUAAAAAUAAGGGCGCUAUGGAAACAUACUUCCUAAAAUCGAGUGCCAAAAAAUCAAUAUGGGAAAUCACUGGAAUUGAAAGAAAUAUUGAUAAACAUUCCAUUGAUGGUUACGCUGAACUGGAAGAAGGCUUGAAGCAGAAUGAAGUGAAGAAUUGUCAAAUCUGCACAAUUUUCUAA